AUGGGCACCACAAGAGGGAUGGGCGCGCAAGCGGGUCCCACUGGGACGACCAAGAGGAAGCGGAGGAGGAGGAGGAGGAACAUGAGGAGGAGGACACAACAAAGUGCGGGAUGGAGGAAGAAGGGAGGCGAGAGACGACCAGGGCCGCGUUCAGAGCGGUGGCCCGCUGGCGCCUGCCAAGGCUCCACCGCCGUCCUCUGCUUCACCAGGUUCCUCUGCGCCCUCCUGCGCUGCGCCCGGGAGCGCCGCGCGGGCACCGAAGCAGGCGCUGGUCGGCCGACCCCCAGGUCGGCCGGAGCCGACCUGGAGCGCGGCAACCGCUCCCGACGCCAACGCGCCUCGAUCUCGUCGACCACGUUUAGGAACGUCGCCCUCUGCUCGAUGGCGCACCCUGGCGAAAACUGCCACGCAUCUGAGGCGACCGCGUCGGCGGACCAGCCACGGGAACCGCUCGGCAUCGAGGAAGCCAUGAUGGCUCGCGACAACCCCUUCGUGUGCCGCUGCCCCGGCGAGCACCGUCCCAACGGCAGCCCUGAAGCCAGAGCAGCU